AGCGGGAAGCCGUGGUAGUUAUAAAGUCAAAUUUUGUAUAAAUUUAAACUUUUUGAGACAGUGUUAUAGUUUCUAAAAGCCACGUUAUAUAGCAUAUAUAAUAUAGUAUCCAACAGAAAAACGACAUUAAAACAACAAAAUUCCAACAAUAAUUUCACACCAAUUAACUGGCAAAACUUGAUAUUAGUGUUAUCCAUCAUAAUACGUUAUUUAACGACCAUCUUUACUCUAUAAAGAGUUGGUAUUGUCCCUAGGUCAGUCAACAUCUUUAUCUUAUCAGAUCGAAUAAGUAGAGUAAUACUGUUACAGUCAGUACAGUAUACACAUACAGGCAAGACUAAGGAAGAGGUUAGAAGACUGUGGAAAAGGAAAUAUUUAAGGUUACACUAAUAAGCAAGUCUGUGAAUCUCUUCUUGUGGAGUAGAGUUUUUAUCUUAUCAGUUAAAUUGAGUCACUUGAAUGUUUAUUUAACAGACAUUUGACUAAAAAAAUAGCAGUUAAUUUAAAAUAAUCCAUUUGACUGUAGUUUGUGGUAGCUUACUGAUUGCUGGUUUCUAUUGUAUGAGAUUAGGUCAAAUAAUAUUGAUCAGACAUGGUUGUAAAACAUACUGUAGAAGGAUAUGAAGAAUAUUUGAAAUUAUUGAAAGAAUUGGAAGAGAAGAAGGCAAAAGUAUAUAUUUUGUUCACUGGAUCAUUAAAUAAUCAAGGUGUGAGUUGGUGCCCUGACUGUGUCCAAGCUGAACCUGCAAUAGAGGAAGUUGUGAACAAACUUCCAGACACUGUUGUUUUUGUCAAGGUCUUGGUGGGGAACCGUGAAUUCUGGAAAGACAAAGAAUGCCCAUUCCGCAAAGACAAGAAAGUUCAUCUCAGCUCUCUUCCCACAAUUGUCAAAUGGAAUAACCCGGAGCGGUUGGAAGGCAAUGAUUUUGCCAAUAAAGAAAUAAUCGAGAUGGCUUUUGAAGAAGAUUUAUAGCAUUCCUAAGAUAUCUUCUGAAGCAAAAUAAUGAUGUGAUACUGUCAGCUUUCUAUUAUUCAAAUAGUGUAAGAUAAAAAUGUAUUAAAAAGAUAACUUUUCGAUGGAGAAGUAUUUAUUUCAAAUCAUAAAUUGUUUUUCUGUCAAUUACUUUUUAAAACCAGUCUUUAAGAUAAGAUGCCUUUUCAUAUGUGGAUAUUAUUUAUCAUAGAUGUUUGAUUGCACUAAAUUAUUGGUACAUAUACAUUAUAAUGGUAAAAGUAGAUCAAUAAUUUAGAAAUAAUCCAAGAACCUCUUCUAAUUAUUUUUAUAAAUUAUUACAUGCUAUUUUAAACCUUAAUGUACUCAAUCCCAUAAAGUCGUUACCAGCAUGAAGGUGUUAUUAUUUAUGUGGGUUUUAAACUCUCUCCAAAAAAUUAUUUUAAAUACAAAUUUGGAUUAGAUAAAAAUUUUGGAUUUUAACAUCUGUAGCCAAAAUAAAACAAUUUUUAAAGAUAUUAGAUUAUAUAUUUUUAGACAUUUUUCAAAACAAACUCAAAUUAUUUUCAUUUAUACCAGGUUGUUUCCAAACCCAAUGGCAUAAUUCCAGGAAUGGAUUCCUCAUAUGCAGAGAAGAAAGGUUAUUACAACAUGAUCCUGGAAAUGCAUAUAUUAAUAACAAUCUAAGUAUGUGUUAUUCCACUUUUUAAUUACGUAUUAUAGAAUUAAAUACAUAUUUUAAGAGUA